UUCCCAAGUCUUCCACUGCAAGGGAAACUCAGAACCUGAAAUUGAACCGAAAGAAAAGGAAUAGAAAAAGCCAAAGCCCCAUUGUGUAAACUGAAAACUCUCUCUCUCUCUCUCUCUCUCAGGAGCCAUGAUUUCUCAGUUCUUCGUUCUGUCGCAGAGAGGCGACAACAUCGUCUUCCGUGACUAUCGGGGUGAAGUACCAAAGGGGAGUGCCGAGAUAUUUUUCCGAAAAGUGAAGUUUUGGAAGGAGGAUGGAGAAGGGGAUGCACCACCUGUCUUUAAUGUGGAUGGUGUUAACUAUUUUCAUGUCAAGGUUGCUGGAUUGUUGUUUGUUGCUACAACAAGAGUUAAUGUGUCACCUUCUCUUGUUUUGGAACUUUUGCAAAGGAUUGCACGUGUCAUCAAAGAUUACCUUGGAAUACUCAAUGAAGAUUCAUUGCGGAAAAACUUUGUGCUUGUGUAUGAGUUGCUUGAUGAAGUCAUUGAUUUUGGUUAUGUGAAAACGACAUCAACCGAGGUUUUGAAGUCUUACAUUUUCAAUGAACCAAUUGUGAUCGAUGCAGCUCGUGUGCCAUCCCUUGGAGCUGCAGGCAUAUUUAUGCAAGGGUCAAAAAGAAGAAUGCCAGGGACAGCUGUUACAAAAUCUGUUGUAGCGAAUGAGCCUGGGGGUAGAAAGAGGGAAGAAAUUUUUGUGGAUAUAAUUGAGAAAAUAAGUGUUACAUUCAGCUCUAGUGGAUAUAUACUAACUUCUGAGAUUGAUGGCACCAUUCAAAUGAAGAGUUAUCUGUCAGGAAAUCCAGAAAUUCGGCUUGCUCUUAAUGAUGACCUGAGUAUAGGAAGAGGCAGAAGUUCAAUCUAUGAUUAUGGUAAUUCAUCCGGUUCCGGGUCCGUGAUUCUAGAUGAUUGUAAUUUCCAUGAAUCUGUACAUCUUGACAGUUUCGACAUUGACAGGACUCUGGCCCUGGUACCACCAGAUGGUGAAUUUCCAGUCAUGAACUACCGCAUGACUCAGGAAUUCAGGACUCCUUUUCGUAUUAAUGCAUUGAUAGAAGAAGCGGGCCCUCUUAAGGCUGAAGUAAUUCUGAAAGUGCGUGCUGAGUUCGCCUCUAGCAUCACUGCAAACACAAUUCUAGUACAGAUGCCACUGCCAACAUAUACAACUAGAGUUACUUUUGAGUUGGAGCCUGGUGCAGUGGGAAACACAACUGAUUUUAAGGAAGCAAAUAAAAGACUUGAAUGGGGUUUGAAGAAGAUUGUUGGUGGAUCUGAACAUACUCUACGUGCAAAGCUGACAUUUUCACAGGAAUCACAUGGAAAUAUUGUGAAGGAAUCUGGACCUGUUAGCAUGACCUUUACAAUACCAAUGUACAAUUGUUCAAGACUUCAGGUAAAAUACUUGCAGAUAGCUAAGAAGUCCAAGACGGAUAAUCCAUAUAGAUGGGUGAGAUAUGUCACACAGGCGAAUUCCUAUGUUGCUCGGUUAUGAUCAUAGUCUAUUCUCCCCAUAAUUCUUCUUGUUCCUCUGUUUACUUGCUCCAUUUUCCUCUCACUAGUUUAUUCCAAUAAGAACUGCAGUUGAAAGAAUUUUUUUUGUUUUCGUGGUCCGUGAAGUUUGAUCCUUUCUAUGCUAUUUUUAUUAAGCAUUUACUUA